UGGCAGCACAACUGACUCAAUUGCCAAUGAUUUUUUUGAAAUUCCCGAGACCAUUGCUUUAUGGACAACAUCUUCGUCGUCGUCAGCAAAUCCAUCGCCUCAUCAACAUGAGUAGCUCUGUGGUGGCUGCAGCUGCCACUGAUCCACUGCCCGCCAAGUAUACACGAGAGCCGAAUGUAUUGCGUAAAAAGCUGGCUUCAGUUGUGCCUGGAACCGUGAAUCUCCAGGUGUUGGGCAACGGAGCCAAUGGUUCACCCAGUUCGGUUUACCUGUUCACCGACCAAUCACGCUAUCUCUUCAACUGUGGCGAGGGAACCCAACGACUGGCCCAUGAGCAUCGGACGCGUCUGUCGCGAUUGGAGCACAUCUUUGUGACGCGCAACACGUGGUCGACAGUGGGCGGCUUGCCCGGUCUUGCCCUUACGAUUCAGGAUGCUGGUGUUAGACAGGUGGGACUCCAUGGACCAGCUCAUCUUUCAACCAUGCUGCAAUCCAUGCGACGUUUUGUGGUUCUCAAAAAUCUACAAAUGCAAACAGAAGAUUGCACUGAAGGCAAAACAUUUGAGGAUUCUAUUCUGAAAGUGGAGGCGGUGCCUGUAAGAAAGGAAAAAGAUGGUGCGGAGCAAGUCGUCAUGAGUUAUAUAUGCCAAAUGAAACCCCGUCCAGGAGCCCUUAAUCUUGUGAAAUGUGUGGAACAGGGUCUUAAGCCUGGUCCUCUAAUGGGACAACUGAAAAAUGGUCAAGAUGUCACCUUGCCCGAUGGUCGGGUAGUGCGAUCUGCAGAUGUCACCGAGCCCGCCGAGACGGCCUUGUCUUUUGUGUUUGUUGAUCUACCAGAUAGAGAUUUCUUGCCUUCCCUUAAGGAGCAGGCCAAUAUAUUUAAGGAUUUGGGUAAAACCAAGCUUGGAGUGGUAGCUCUAGUGAUCCAUUUUACUCCCCAUGAAGUAUCCAGUCUGCCGGAGUAUCAAACAUUUUUAACAGAUAAUUUCUCUCAAGAUACUCAGAACAUAUAUUUAAAUUCACCACAAAAUGGAUUUUCUGGUUAUGCAGCUGCUCAUAGGAUUCAACAUCAGUUGAAUCAAUUGAAUCCUCAGAUAUUUCCUCUGCUCCAAGAGCAAGUGCCAUGUCCACUGAGUCAGAACUUGAAGAAAACCAAACUGGAAGAGAAUGACCAAGAGACAAAACUAGAGGAAGGAGUGACAGAAAAUGGAGCUGGAGAUGAAGCGGGAGUCGUCUCAAUGACCAGUUUUCAUUUGCGUCCAAGAAAGUGUUUGGAUCGCUCUUUGGAGGUGAAACUAACACCCGAAGAAUACAUAAAGGAAACUCAUGCGGUUCCUGGUUUCACAGAGUUGCUGGACCAACUGAAAAGUGAAUCGAAGAACGUUUCAACCCCUACGAAUACUUAUCCCCGUCUCAUAUUCUUGGGCACUGGCUCGUGUAUACCCAACAAAACACGAAAUGUUAGUUCAAUUCUGAUACAAACAUCUGUAAAAGGUUUCAUUCUCUUGGAUUGCGGUGAGGGAACCUAUGGCCAGAUUAUACGUUUCUUUGGUCAACCAAAGGCUCAAGAGGUACUCGAGCAAUUGCAAGCCAUCUAUGUAUCUCAUCUGCAUGCCGAUCAUCACAUGGGUCUGAUUGGACUUCUGCGGGAACGGAAACAGCUGUUUCCCGAAUCGCCGCCAUUGAUUUUGCUGGCUCCGCGUCAAAUUGAACCCUGGUUGCAAUUCUAUCAUAGUCAAAUUGAAGAUAUAGCUGAUUCCUACACACUGGUGGCCAAUGGGGAUCUUCUACAGCAGCCACUGAGUGAUGAAAGGCUUGAACCCUUGGGCAUAACUUCAAUAUCCACUUGCCUGGUACGCCAUUGUCCCAAUGCAUUUGGCAUUAGUCUAACUCUGGAAGCGAAACAUGAAAAUGAGCCCAUAAAGGUAACUUACAGUGGCGACACUAUGCCCUGCCUAGAUCUCAUUGAGCUGGGUCGCGAUUCAACCAUCCUUAUACACGAGGCCACCAUGGAGGAUGAUCUGGAGGAAGAAGCCCGCAUCAAGACACACAGCACCAUAUCCCAGGCCAUUCAGCAGGGACGUGACAUGCAGGCCAAGCACACAAUUCUAACCCAUUUCUCUCAACGCUAUGCCAAGUGCCCACGUCUGCCCAGUGUCGAUGAUAUGAAGCAUGUGGCCAUUGCCUUUGACAAUAUGCAGGUUACUCUUGAAGAUCUGCAAGAUUAUAAUAAGUUAUACCCAGCCCUUAUGGCCAUGUAUGCGGAAUAUACCGAAGAAUUGGAACAGCGAGCUGUGAAAAGGGAACUCAAACAGGAGAGGAAACGCAAAUUGGCCGAAACGUAGCAGCUAAUUAUAAAAAUAGGCUAAGCUUAUCCUGAUUAAUCAUAUACUAAUGCGGUAUAUCUUUUUCUUAAAGCUAAGGUCAGUGAGAGAUCUUUAACUAUAGCAAACGUUUAAUUAAGUUAACUGAUGUAUAUUCACUAUAUCUUAAACAUAAACUGUUGAAUUUUUAUAUAUUUAUUUUAUUGCAUAUUCUAUGUAUACUCUUUGCCCAGCAAUUAAACCAUGAAUUAAACAAUUAA